AUUUGAAGAAAAUUUGUUACAAAUGGCAAAGGAUCCUGGUUAUCAUAACUGGCUGGCUGUUGGUGAAGGCCUCGGGCGCCUCAGGGAUAGCCUUGGAAAAUAUGCUGAGAAUAAAAUGAAGGAACUUCAUGCUUUGAUAACAACAAAUGUCGGUGGACCUGGAGUCAAGUGCCAUUGUACGUGUACCUACGGAAAAAAACCAAAACCUCAUGGACCAGCCCACCCUCAUGGACGACUAGGAACACCUUGCAUUUGGGCUCAAGAAUUGAAAAAUCAUCAUGUUUUCUCGCAAAAAAAAGACAUGCCGUGGCAUCAAAGCGUGGGUACUCACUGGGAUGAUCCAGUCCAUGGAUACUGGGAGAUUGCAAAGUUGUUCAUGUCUGAUUUAGGACAAAAUUGGAUCACAACUAAGGAUCCUGGCAGUACUGAUUGUCUAUCACUUCUUAACUUGCUAAUAUUUUGUAAUCAUUUCAAAAUUCAAAAAAACACGUUAAACGCUGUUAAAUGUUGGCGAAAUACGUGGGCUCAUUCGCCAAAGCGUAUCGUUACCGACAAGGAGAAGAAAGAUGCUUUUACAGCCUUUGAUAACUUAAUGACUGAUCCCGAACUACGUGGCAUCAAAGAAGCUCAAGACUGUCGUCAAGAUAUUAAUAAAAUAGAAAUAACAGAUAUCUCAAUCUUAGAAAAGAAAGAAUUAAUGAUUAUUCAGUUUCAGAAUCAAGAACUAAAACAGAUAUUAAAUGAGACAAAAGAAGAAAUGAAAGAGACAAAAGGAAAAGUAGAGGUGACAGAAGGAAAAGUAGAGGUGACAGAAGGAAAAGUAGAGGUGGCAGAAGGAAAAAUAGAGGUGGCAGAAGGAAAAAUAGAGGUGACAGAAGGAAAAGUAGAGGUGACAGAAGGAAAAGUAGAGGUGGCAGAAGGAAAAAUAGAGGUGGCAGAAGGAAAAAUAGAGGUGGCAGAAGGAAAAAUAGAGGUGGCAGAAGGAAAAAUAGAGGUGGCAGAAGGAAAAAUAGAGGUGGCAGAAGGAAAAAUAAAGGAGACAAAAGAAGAAAUAAAGUUGGCAAACGAUAAAAUAGGUGUUGUUUUUAUUACAGUAUUAUUGUUUGCAGUGUCUUCCUUUUCUCGUAACAUUCCUGGGUUGUUGUGGUCUUUGAUGGCAUUUUUCAUGUUUUCUCAAGUUGGUGACAGAAGUGUCAUUUUAGAUUAUGGUAAGAUAAUGUUCAACUUAACCCUAUUUAUUGAAUGUGCACAAAACUUUUCCCUAGAGUAAAAUAGUUAAAGAGGACCCAUUAGGCAUUUCGUCAUGGAUAAGGAAUUAUUGUACUUCACUUACCUUAUUGCACAAAAUCUAUAUGCUAAUUUAAUAAAGAAAAUUUAGUCUUUCAAUUUUGCGUUAUUGAUAGUUAACAGUUGUAAAGAAACAGCAGCGAAAAAUCUACAGCAGAUAAAGCUCAAAGCAGAUAAAGAUCAAAUUUUGGACUAAAAAUGAAUUUAUUAAAAUUUCCUUGGGUCAAAAUUUCUGAAAUUUUGUAGAUGUAACAGGAAUAUCUAGUGGAAGAUCAUAUAAUAAAAUUAGGGGGUUAUAAAUUCAGUUUUUGAGAUAUUACGCGAAAUUUGUUCCACAAAAACUGUUUCAUAGAAUUUUUUAAAAUAUUGAGUAUAUUGCAAUAAAUGACUAGUUCUUUUAAAAUACAAAAUUUCAGAAAUAUUGACCUUGCGCGGUCAAAUGAAAUUUUUUCUGACGUGACAUAAACCUUUCUGAAUUCUGUAAAAAUUAGUUGCAUUCGAAGAUAAUAGAAAAUUAUGUAAUGUUUCUAAAAAAAUAUUUUGACAUUCUAGAUUGUCCCGCCGCAGUGAGGGAAUCGCCAGUAAGCCAGUUCCAAUUUCAAGAAUUUCAUUUCUCUUCAUACCUGGCGGACAAGAGAGAGGGAUUCGUGGGCCGAAAGUGGUUUUUCUUGGACUUAGAAAAGAUCUUCGAAGAAAACAAUGAGACUGUUGGUGUCCUGAUUACUGGAGCGCCAGGUUCAGGUAAAACAGCACUGAUGUCACAAUUGAUAUGUUCACCAUAUUCCAGCUUGUUAAUACACGAAAAUAUCAUUGGUUAUCAUCUAUGUGAAUAUUCCAAGAAUGGAAAACCCGAUGGCGCAAGAUUCGUGCGUAAUUUAGUUGAUCAAAUUGCAGCUCGGUUACCGAAAUAUUCCGAACAUGUGAUGAACGAUGAACAGAUUCGAAAGGAACUAGCUAGUACUUGUCAUAAAGAUCCUACGAGAUGUUUCUUCAGCACGAUUGUAGGACCUUUACGAAGGUUAGAAAAGCAUGACGGCCUUCGGUUUAUUAUAAUAGAUGCUUUAGACGAGUGUUUCGGAAGUGAUUUAAAAACAUCCGAAAUUAUGGAAAUUUUGAAUAAUAAAAUAAAAGAUUUUCCAAAGUGGUUAAAGGUCAUAUUAACCUCUCGAAACGUAACCUCUGUUUUAUCUGGACUUCCUCAGAAGCAGAUCACUAGGAUGCCAUUGUAUUCUACGGACGAACGAAAUGUUGAUGACAUUCGUGAAUUUUUGCGUUUUAUAUCUCAAAAUACGGAUUUUUUUAAAAGAUUAUUAACGGCAAUAAAUUACGAACCAAAUGGCUUGGAAAUAUUCUGGGGUGAAAUUAUUACACGAGCAGAAGGAAACUUUUUGUUUGUAAAGUUGACAUGUCAGUACAUGAUCGAUACAAAUGGAAAAUUUGACAUUCACUCCUUACCUAAAAGUCUGUUUGAUUUGUAUGACAGUUUAUUUAAACGGCAAUUUGGUGAGGUUGGAUUUAAGCCAUUUAGGCCUCUUUUUGAAGUGUUGUUAGCGGUAUUUUCACCUCUUCCGUUCCAAGAUGUUGAGGAAAUUCUUAAAAUUGAGUAUAAAGUGGAGGAUAUUUCCAAACGUAUUGAAGAUGUGUCUUGUUUCUUACGAUUUGACGGUGAUGGAACAAUUAGAAUAUACCAUCAUUCUUUUUCAGAUUGGUUGAUAAACGAAACUGUUGCGCUUUCUAUGAACAAAACUAGAGGUCAUAAAAGUAUUGCUAGGUUUCUUCUGCGUCGCAUUACUGAAAGACACAUUGAUGUCACGUUUGAGGAACUAGCUGAACUUUUCUUGCACAUUCUGUCAGGACAAGCUUUCGAAACACAGGAAACAGCGAUGGAUCUUUUUAAUAUCACUGAGAUACGCGAACCGCAAACUAAUCAAUCCAUACUACAUUAUCUCGUGACAAAGCCAAGCAUCUAUCUACCUGUACUUGAUUUCUUCUCACAAAAGUUUCAAACUGUCGACGUACUUGAUGCCAGAAACAAAACGCCGGCGUUUUAUGCAGCAUCGGAAGGUUUUGUUAAAAAUUUGCAAUGCUGUAUUGAUAAUGGAGCAGACAUCAAUUCCUUUUUGGAAGGAUACACAGAAAUAGACCCAGUGUCUGUUUUGGUACGAAAUACAGGUAUCGAGGAGUUUAGCUUGAUGCACGCAGCAGCUGCUAAGGGGCACGCGGAUGUCGUUGAGCUUCUGAUGAAAAGAAAUAUAAGCUUCCCCAACACCAGCAAGAAUUAUCCAACACCCCUUCACUUAGCAGCAGGAAAUGGACAUUUAGAAGUGGUCAAGUUGUUUUAUGUUAAUCCCGAUGCAACGUAUGAUCCAGUCGUACUUCAUCACGCGGCCGCAAGAAAUCAUUCGACUCUUGUGGCGUUUCUAUUGCAUACAGUCAGACUGCGUGAUAUUUGCAUACCAUGUCAACCUGAGCACUUUUCACUAUUGAGUCGAAAAACUACGAUACAAGAGGCACAUACGUAUUUUUGUGAAACUGCUCUUCAUGCCGCAGUAUCCAGAGGACUGAUUAAUAUCGUACGAACUUUGUUGGAGAAGGGAAAGGAAUCUUUGGAAUGUAAGCAUCAUUCUGGGAAGACUGUUUUGAUGGAUGCCGUGGAACGGUAUGAUAGUAUAAUGGUCGGUUUACUGUUGAGGCAUGGAGCUAGUGUAACUACAGAGUGUGGAAGAAAAAUUUCGAAUGAUGGUAACAAGCAAAUGUGCUCAAUGUAUUCUGUGGACAAGCAACAUUUUUUGUAUGCAGUAUCUUGCAUCAAUGACGGUUGUGAAUAUGGUAACAGAGCUAUUGAUAUAAGUGCUAAGUAUGGGUUUUGGAACAUGGCAGAAAAAAUACCCAAUAAACAAAUCUUGAUAGAUUCACUACUUUAUGAUAACAAUAAGGCUAUAAAAGUUGCCGUAGCAUACGACCAAGCACGUUUUGUUCAAAAUAUUAAAAAUACUUUUGAAGAAGAAGGACUAUAUUUACAACCACGUGCAAUGAUUGAACAAGCCGUGGAAUAUUGUUCGACAAAGGUAGCAAGUUUGUUUUUAAAUGAUCCAGUUAAUUACAAAGUCGAAAACGUAUCGGGUCUUUUAAAGUACAGUGUUCGAUUGUCGCAAUGUGAGGUGUUGAAAGCUGAGCGUGUUUCUUCCAAUUGUUUAAAAGUUUUCCAAGACCGCAAUCUUUCUGAGGAAGAAAAGGCAAAGAAAGAGUCGGAAAGGCGCUUGCGUAUUAUUAAGUUAUUAAUUAAAACACAUCAGCGGGAAUUUUCAAUUUCAGACAUUGGAUAUGAUGGCCUUACGCUUUUGCAUUAUGCUGCCAGGUAUGGCUUCAAAGAUGCGGUAAAGUACUUGGUUAAACUUGGCGCGGACGUAUUUUUAGAGAAGGAUGGAACUGGCAUAACGCCAUUAAUGCUCGCGAUAGGAGUAUUAAACAACCUACAUCCCAGUGCUUCCUAUCGCUGCUACACUACAAACGAUGGUCAGUUUCGUUCGUGCAACACUACGUGCCAGGAUGACGUUGCAAGAUACCUGAUCCGGUUACAAAAAUUAAGUAUUUUAAAAUGUGAUAAUGAAAGUUUAUUGAUGUUGCAUCUGGUCAUUCUAAACCGGAUGCCCUUGAGUUUGUACGCGUUGUUAAAAGUUGGUAUUAACGUAAAUUGCCACCGUGCAAGGUUGGUCAUCUUAUCAACGUAUAACCGCAACAGCGGAAGCGAUGAACUAAGCCAAGUGCUGCAAAUGUUCCAAAUGGAUGUUUCUGUCAAAUGUGGAGUAUUUUUUAAUUCUUCGGAGCUGCAUGUUAUCUCAUACGCAGCAACACCUGGUGAUUUUUGCAAUUUCUUUCAACCUUCCUUUAAUAAAAAGCGUUCCCCUUUACAACGACUGAUUGACCGUCAUCCGAGAGGUGUUCGCAUUUUGGACGAAUGCUUUGAUGCUGAAGGAUAUUUACCAAUACACAGAGCUGCUCAAGGUGGAAAUCUUGCAGCUAUAAAAUGGUUUAAGAGUAUUGGAGUUAACACUCAGCUGAAAACACGAAGUGGUCACACUGCUCUUCAGCUUUCUACAUUGCUAUUGAGGAAUAAUGCUUCUAAAUUGGGAAUCAAUUUGAGAUAUCGAAAUGAAUGUUUUGAAGAAUUGUUGCGAACAUUUUUCGACACUUCAUUUAAAAAUUACAGUUCAGAUUCUUCUUCCUCGUUUGCUAAAUACCCUAUUUUACAUUACGCAAGUAUAACUGGACUAGAGGUGUUUACUAAUGUGUACAAGAAAGCUUUAGAAAUCAUACCAACUUUAAAAAGGAAUAAAUUUUUGAUCCUUGAUGAACAAGAUGAGUACGGAAAUACACCUCUGCAUAUGGCAGUCAGAAUUGGUCGUGAAGAUGUUGUUAAACAUCUUGUACGACUUGGUGCUGAUAUUAACGUUAAGAACAGAAACGACUUAAGUCCUUUGUGGGUUGCAUUAACAUACCAUCUUAAUUACGGGGAAAUUGAUUUAGAACAGCACUGCUACACUACAAAUGACGGGCUUUUUACGUCGUGUAAAACGACACCUCAUGAUGAAAUCGCAAGGUUCUUGCUAUGGUUACAGAAAACAAGCAUCUUGAAAUGUGAUGCUACAACUGCAGUUUUGUUGAAUAUGGUCAUUUCAAAAAAUAUGCCCUUAAGUUUGUACGCUUUGUUGAAAAUUAGUGUUGAUGUAAAUUGUCAAGAGGGAAUAUUUUGGGCCCUCUCAUUUGAACAUAUCCGAGAAGGAAGUGAAGAAGUCAGCAAAGUAUUGAAAAGAUUUGAAGUGAAUGUUUCUGUCAGAUGUGGAGUAUCUUUUAAUUAUUCAGAGCUACAUCUUAUCUCAUACGUAGCAGUACCUGAUGAUUUUGACAAUUUCUUUCAACCUUCCUUAAAUAAAAAGCGUUCCCCUUUACAAAGAAUGAUUGACCGUCAUCCGAGAGGUGUUCGCAUUUUGGACGAAUGCUUUGAUGCUGAAGGAUAUUUACCAAUACACAGAGCUGCUCAAGGUGGAAAUCUUGCAGCUAUAAAAUGGUUUAAAAGUAUUGGAGUUAACACUCAGCUGAAAACUCGAGGUGGUUUCACUGCUCUUGAUAUUUCCAUAUUAUACUUAGGAAACGUCAGUUAUGGAGUAUUUACUACACCGUCAAUGGUUCGAGGUUUCCGUGUAUAUAAGGAUAUAGUUCCCUCGUGGAUAUCGAAACAUCGGAACCAGGUUUUCGAAGAAUUACUGCGAACGUUUUUUAGUACAUCACCGGAAUACAAAUCAGAAUUUCCAUGUGGUUCGACCCUGGAAGGACUCUCUCCGCUUCACAUAGCAGCUGUAAAAGGGUUUGCCGUGUUAAGAUACGUCCACAAAAAAGCCUCAGAAUCAUUUUCUAGUUUGCCGAUAAAUUGCGUAAAUAAACACCAGUUAGACCCGGUGUAUUUGGCUCAAUUUUAUGACAGUGUUAGAAGCGAAGGAUUAAUUGAUAAAAAUAAGGGAAAUCUUGGUACUCACGUACGUCACAAACUAAAACCAUUUUAUUGGUCUGGUAUCUGGUACAAUUUAGAAUAUUACAUACAAAAUACACAGAAUAUUGAUAAAGAAUUCGCUGGUGGCAGUAUACUCUCUGCUCAAUAUCCGGAUCGUGAAGUCGUCUUUAUUAUGGCAUUCAAUUACUUGUAUCAUCCACCACCUCUUGAGUCCACAGAAGAACAAUUACUUUCUGAAAGUAGGUUUAUACGUAUAAGCGAUUGUCCUGGUUAUUAUGAAAGCUUCCUGAAAUUUGAAGAAACAGUAUCCUCAGAGUUGCCUGAUGAGUCUGAAUGUGAUAAAGUAUUUCUUCCUCAUUACUACUGGUUCAUAUGCUUGCGUGAAGUUAAAGAAUACCGCGUCCUCAUAGAGAAUUGCCCUAAAGUACUGAAACAACUUCAAUCGUGGUUCACAUCGAAACAAAGAAGAAACCGUCAACUAAGUCAGUUGAUUUUAAAAAUAUUAGGCUGGAGCGAUGAUCUCAAAGUUAGUAACAUUAACAAUCAGUGGCCAUUUUACUUUCUACACAAAAAACUUUUGAAGAAAUACAAGACUUAUGAAUAUCUUAACGUGUUAAAUGAAGCACUUGAAAUGUCCGAUAUUCGCUUCUUUAGCUAA